AUGGGUAUUGCAGUCGUUAUAAUUAACAAAACAUUUUCUGGGACAGGAUUUAGUAACAGACCUGGUUCCGAAAAAGACUUAGAAAGGAUUAAAAUUAGUUUCCGAAAACUGGAUUUGAAAGUUUUAGUUUUCGAGGAUCUGAAACACUGUGACAUGAUUGCAAAACUAGAAAAUAUCUCAAAGAAAUAUCACUUCCAGUAUGACUUAUUCAUGUGUUGCAUAAUGUCUCAUGGAGAUUUAUUUGAAGUGUUCGGCGUAGAUGGAAAAUCAGUGGAAAUUCGGACUUUAACAGAUAUGUUUGGACCUAAACAAUGUCCAUCCCUGAGAGAAAAGCCAAAGGUUUUUAUAAUACAAGCAUGUCAAGGUCCAAACUUUCAACAUGGUAGUGUCAUUCAGGUUGACAGAGCUAGGCGUCUGAAUAUAGCAACAAUGAGAGAAAUGAUUCCUGAAAGUGCAGAUUUUCUUCUUGGAGUUUCGACGAUUCCAGGAUAUCUUUCCUUACGAAACACUUCUAAAGGAAGUUGGUAUAUUCAAUCUCUUUGUGAUAUUCUCGAUAAACAUGGAUGUAGAUUAGGCAUACAUGAAAUUUUGCUUGAGGUCAACAGACAAGUGUCCAAAAUGGUUAAAAUAGAAGGAGAAGAGAGGUAUAUGCAAAUGCCCGCACCAGUUACUACUCUUCGGGGUGACUUCAUAAUGAACCCAAAUCCACGUUUGAACAACCCAUUUUUUUAA